AUGACCCACAGGACGGCUCGGACCGGCGUAGAGACGGUGAUCUUCUCUUCCUCUCUGUCCCCGGCGGCUCUCUCUGCCUCUGGCUCACUUGCAUGGACGUCCGCACGUCUCCAAAAACCAAGCAUGCAGCAGGAGCAGCAACCGUCACCUCAAUAUCAAUCAAUCAGUCAUUACUAGCAAUAGCCUCUCUCUUUUCUUUCUCUCUCAGCUUCACACACAGACUGAAUCAAUCAGGGACUGGACCAGGAAGGAGUCGUCACCGGUGUCCAACAUGAAAAAGGGCUGUCCUACCGCCCCCCCGGUCCAGACAGUCCAUGGAGAGACACUGAGUCUCAUCAUCGGCUUGAUCUCUGUCCACUCUGUUUACCUGUCUCUGUCCACGCCUCCAGAGGUUUUAAAAAAAAGGGAAAGUCGUAGUGUUUACACCAUGGACGCUUUCUAUUUUUCUGUCAAAAAUGAGAGAGGAAACGCGGCGUAA